GCUACUGAUGGCAUGGCCCUCCUGCGUUUAUGUCCACCUUCACUGAUUUUGAUAAUUCAUUUUAAAAACCACAAACCCAUUCAUUCCCAAUUCCAAUUUGCACACUUUGAGAAUUGAGGUAGGACGACCAGACUUGAGUGGGUCCUUUUUAUCAUUCACAACUGCGAUCCCAUGACCAUCAUUUUGAUUUCUGAAUAAACCCAAAGCAAAGAGAAAAGAAACAAGUCUCUUCGCGAAAUUUCAACACCCCAAAGCCCACUCCAUUUCGCAGCAGUAGUCAUCAAUCAUCAUUCAUCACCUCUCCAACAAGAAAAAGAAAAAAGCCAUGGACACCGAAGCUUCACCGUUUGAGAGCAGCGAGAUGCUAGCCACUUUCCUCACAUCCACACCAUUGCUAUCUAUGUCAUGGAGCUUAUGCGAUCGCGCCAACACGAUGCCGUCGCAAGGUUUUGUAGCAGAGCAGAUGGGAAGCGUCGGCCAUCUGGCAUUUUCUGGUGUUCAAUUGGGGUCAGGGCCCGACCCAACCUCCGGCAGAAAUCUUGAACCGCUUGUUACUGCUACCAAUGGCCUUUUCUUUCCUUUGGAGCAUCAAUUUGAUGGAGAAGAAGGAGGAGGAGAAGAAGAAGGGAAGGAGCCUGUCCUGGUUCAUGCUGGGUUCUUGCGGAUCUUCCUAUCUGUCAAAAGCAACCCAAAUUUUCAAAAUCGGAUGUUAAAUAUGAUUCAGAAUAGCAAGUCAAUAGUGAUAGCAGGCCACGGCAUAGGAGGAACAGUUGCUGGACUUUGUGCUCUUUGGCUACUAUCUUACCUUCAAUCCAUCUCUUCUAAUAUCUCAGUAUUAUGCAUCACUUUUGGCUCUCCAUUGCUGGGCAAUGAGUCUCUUUCUCGUGCCAUUCUCCGCGAGGGAUGGAGUGGCAACUUCUGCCAUGUGGUAUCAAAACAUGAUGUGUUUCCAAGGCUAUUCUUUGCUCCUCUUGCUCCCCUAAAUCCUCAGCUGCAUUCCUUGCUUCAAUUCUGGCAGUUAUCCAUGACUUCACCGCCCCUUGCUUUGCUUGCUGAAAAAUUACUUGAUGAAGGGAAAUCUCAAAUUUUCCGCACUGUAUUAGCUUCCCUGGAAGGUUUGGCAAAAGCCGAACAAGGGAAAAACGUAACUUGCGGCUUUUGGCCAUUUGGGAACUAUUUCUUCUGUUCUGAAGAUGGAGCUAUUUGUAACGACAAUGCAACAUUUAUUGUCAAGAUGAUGCAUUCGCUGUUGCUGAACAGUUCACCAAGCUGUAGCAUUGAGGAUCACCUUAAGUAUGGAUACUAUGUUGAGAAAGCCUCUCUCCAGGUUCUGACGAAGACGAGUUUCCCGCCUGCGGAGCUUCCUGAAUCAAGCUAUGAAGCUGGUGUUGCACUGGCUUUGCAGUCCUCAGGAAUAGCUUGCCAGGACGAAUCUGUUGCUCGACCAGCCAAAAAUUGCCUGAAACUGGCAAGGCGAAUGGGACGUACACCAAACCUUAACUGUGCCAAUCUAGCAAUUAAAUUGUCUAAAAUAACACCUUAUAGGGCAGAAAUAGAGUGGUACAAAGCAACAUGUGAUCAGUCUGAUGCUCAAAUGGGGUAUUAUGACUCUUUCAAGCAAAGAGGAGCCUCGAAGAGGGACUUUAAAGUCAACAUGAAUCGGUACAAGCUAGCUCGUUUUUGGGAUAAUGUAAUUAACAUGCUGGAUAACAAUGACCUUCCUCGUGAUUUUCACAGGCGAGCAAAGUGGGUGAACGGAUCUCAAUUCUAUAUGCUCCUUGUAGAGCCAUUAGAUAUUGCCGAGUAUUAUCGUACAGGAAUGCACCGUAAGAAGGGUCAUUACAUUAGCAAUGGAAGAGAGCGGAGGUACAAGAUUUUUGAAAGGUGGUGGAAAGAGAGACCAAUUAAAGAGGAAGAGAAGAAAACAAGAAGCACGUUCGCAAGUUCCACCCAAGACACAUGUUUUUGGGCCAGAGUGGAGGAAGCUAGAGAGCGGCUAGACAAUGUGAGAAACGAGACAGAUCCGAGAAAUCAGGCUCUGCUGUUGUCUUCCCUUGAUGACUUUUCAAAGUAUGCGAGUGGAUUAGUGGAAAGAAAAGAGGUGUCUAAGGAUGUAGUAGCAAGGAAUUCAAGCUAUUGUAUGUGGGUGAGAGAUUAUGAGGAAUUAAAAUCACAGUAUGUGCAAUUGCAUCCCUAGUUUCCAAGUUUUGUGGAUAGGGAAGUUGUUCUUUUAUCUCUCUUUUCAAGGAUAAUGAUAAAUAUCACCACUUGUAGAUUUUGCACUUAUGGUAUAUGAUAUUAGGCUGUUAUCAGAA